AAAAUUUGAAAAACUAAAGAGCGCGGUUUUGUUUCCCUCCAAAUUCAUUUCACCAUUUCCCUCUCUAUCUGUCUCUUCCAAUCGCAAUCUUACUAUUCUUUCCGAUCUAAUCAUAACUCACCCUUCUCCCUCCGCUGCUCAGAGAUUCACUCUAUUUGCAAUUCAACUUCUCUCAACAAUGUCGUCUGAAACCCUAGAAAACGAGAGGCCUCAAGCGAAAGAAGAAGUUCAAGAUGAGGAAAAUCACACUAAACAAGAAGAUACUUCCAUGAAGAAGGACGUGAGUGAAAACGGAAACGUAAAAGAAGAGACUGAUGAGCCUGGCGAAGCGAAGUCUAGCAAGUCAGCAGAAGAAAGCGAUUACACUACGCCAACUAGUAAGAGACCAACUAGGGAGAGGAAAACAGUGGAUAGGUACACUGCUUCUUCGACCGAUAAGUUUCACAAGGCUUCCUCUCUCAAAGCUUCGACAAUUGAAAAGGGCAACGGUACGCAGCUCAAGGACAUUCCAAAUGUGGCUUUCAAGUUAUCAAAGAGAAAAGCUGAUGAGAACCUGCAUGCGCUUCAUAAAAUACUCUUUGGGCAAAGGGGAAAGGCAAACGCAGUAAAGAGAAAUAUAGGACUGUUUUCUGGCUAUGUGUGGACUGACAAUGAGGAAAAACAGAAAGCAAAGGCAAAGGAGAAGAUCGAGAAAUGUGCGAAAGAAAAGUUGGUGGACUUCUGUAAUGUGCUUAAUAUUCCGAUAAAUAAGACCACUAUGAAGAAAGAAGAACUGUCUGGAAAGUUGUUUGAAUUUUUGGUGUCCCCGCAUGCUACAACUGAUGUUCUUCUAGCCGACAAAAAAAUGAAAGGUAAAAAGCGAGGCAGAAAGCCAACCCCAAACAAAUCCGAAACACCUGCCAAGAAGCAAAAGAAAACCUCACUAGUUCGGAAAAAGCAAAAGCAGUCUUCUGAUGUCGAGGAGAGUGAUGUCUCUGAACCUUCCGAGGCAGAAGUUGAUUCUGAGGAAAAUGAUGUUCCAAAAAGUGUAAGUGAUCAUGAUGACGAAAACAUGUCAGAGAAAGAGGAAGAUAAAGAAAAGGUUCACAAUGGGUCUUCGAGGAAGACUCUGAAUGAAGACCAAGACGAACCAGUAAAGAAGACUACUACAGUAGAGACAGCCAAGAGCAAUGAAAAAACUCCAAAACGAUCUACUUCAAAAAUAGCUCGUAAUAACCAGAAUUCGAAAGGGAAGGUUGCAGACAAAAAACGAACCGACAAGUCUUCAAAGGCUUUAGUUAAGGAUGGAGGAAAAGGUAAAAGUAGCGAGAAAGCUGAAGACGGACCUAGUAAGAAUGAAAUGCAUCGAGUGGUAGUUGAUAUUUUAAAGAAAGUAGAUUUCAAUACGGCAACUUUAUCCGAUAUCCUGAAACAACUUGGUACUCAUUUUGAUGUGGAUUUAAUGCAUAGAAAAGCAGAGGUGAAGGAUAUAAUUACAGAUGUAAUUAAUAACAUGUCAGAUAAUGAUAAGGAGGAAGCAUCAAAUGAUGGAGAUGAUGACGGUGAAGACGAGGCAUUGUAGUAUCAUAGUUUAAUAAAUAAUCUGAAAAUAGAGGUAUGUGGUUCAAUCCGCAGCUAAAUUUUCUUACUAUGGUUAUGGUGGCAGCCGUCUCUUUCUAUAAUAGGUAUUGAUGAAUAUUUGUUGAGUGGGAUCCUUUUCCAUGAUAGGUAUUCUCAACUUGUUUGUAUUUUUUAGUUUUAACCCGUGUUUAUUAUUGAGGUUACCUCAAUUUUACUUUGUAUACUGAAUAGGUUUUAUUUACAUGGGUGUAAACAAUAUUGCCUUUUGAAUCAGAACACCGUGCAAUAUUUUAAUAGCUCGAACCCAGAUUACGAGUCUUUCA